UAUCAGCUGCGGCUGCAAAUCGCCGUGCAAAGCGAUGGAAAAGAACUUUUACUAUUGACAAAUGUUGUUAUUUUUAUAAAACAGUGUUUUAAUAUUAUCGCGCACGCUUUAUUUAUACACGCCACUAACUGCAACAAAAGGAGAAACGCUUUUCGCAACUGCUACGCUACGCACUAAUCUGAAUUGAUCGGCAACUUUUGCUGUCGUUGUUGCCGUUGUUGUUGUUGCUGCCUUUUUGCUUGUAAACAAAUAAACUCAAGUAGAAAAUUAAACAAAUGCUGUGGCAAAGCUGAAAAUGGAUAACAAAAAGGACAUCUACAACCUGUGGGUGCAGUACACAACAAAGAACGAUGAAACCUAUUUUCGUGAGUUUGUCGCACGAUUUGUGGACAUUUGGCGCAGUCAAUUGCAGCUGGACUUCCAGUCCGACGACUGUCCGCUGUGGCAUGAGGUGCGCCCGGACAAUGGACCGCAUCUGGGACGACUGCCGGAUGAGCUGUUGCCCGCCAUUGGCAAGUUCAUCAUUGUGGCACGCGAUGAAUGCGACACCGAUGCGCUGACGGAGGAGGGCAUUGAACAGGUUGCCAUACUGAUUGAUUGCCUGGUGAUUGUCUGUCGACACUUUGACAACAUACUGGCGAUCAUCAAGUAUGAGUACAAGCCCAAUCUAAUCGCCAUACUAGCCAAGCUGUUCAAUCAGCAAAUGGAGGCGCGUCGCGUCACGCCAGCUAUGAUUCAUCUGUUUGGCAGUUUCUCGGCAUUCCUGGAGGUCAUGUAUGAUCCCUAUUUGACGUGGCGCAGCUUUUUGCGUGGCCAACACGCCGAUUAUAAUCAGUUGCCCUAUAAACCGCAUGCGGUGCAUGUAGAAAUUGUGCCCUUUAUCUAUGAUUGCUUUCAAAAGGAGGAACUGCUGCACUUUCCGAACAUUGGCGAGAGUCUGUUGAAUGUGCUGGGCGCUGUCAUUUGCGGCUCUCAGAAAACCUUAAACUCGAACUCGACAAAUAGAAAUAGUACUAACGCUAUAAUUACUACUGCAAUUGCCUCGCGCUCGGGUGACGGGCAGCUUCUAAACUGUGAUAACUUGCGCAAUGGAAUGCGUGCCAUUUGCCCGGCCACAGUCUCCAUCAUCAUGCGCAUCCUUAAGCAGUGGGAGAGCGCGAGCAGCCUGCGGCAUGUGGCUCUCAAUUGCUACGCACUCAUGGUUAUCGUGCUGCAGAAAUCUAGUCCAGAAGAACGCCAAAUAGAUCUAGUUACGUUAAUACAACUCUAUUGUGAUGCACUGCAGCAGCUGCUGGCAACGACGCUCUUCGACAGCGACGCCGCCAGCUUCGACAUAACCAGCGACAGUGACAGCGAUGCUACCAUCGAUGUCAACGCACUCGCCUCGAGCGUGGCAGCCGUGCAGCUUUUUCUGUCGCCUAACAAAGGACAGAGGACAACGGCGGCUGUUAGCGAGGCCAUUGCCGAGACACAGCUUUUGGAGCUGCUCAUUGGGCUGCCGCAGUCCAUUAAGCAUUGGCAUGUGUUGUCACAUUGUGUGCUAAAUAUGCUGAGCAGCACCAUAGAUUCGCUGGCUGCCUUGACGCACAGCUCGCCCAGCAAUGCGGAGCAGCUGCGUCAAGGCGAACGCAUCGAGCGACUGUUUGUGAACAUGCAUGACUUCAAGGAGGCGCCGUCGGUGUCGCUGCUGGAGGCGUGCUUCAGUCUGGGCUACAAUGCCGAUCAGCGAUUGCUUGUGCUGCCCGAGGUGAUGUUGCAGCUGCUGCAAUGGCUGCCGCAGUUGCAAGAGCCGCAACAACUGCAUGUGAGCACGCUGCUGCUCAAAGGUUGCACCGACAACUACGGCACCAAAACUGUGGCCUGUGGCAGUCGAGUUGUCAAGGCUGUAUGCGCUUGUUUAUCGCGUGCUGCCACGUUGAGCGAGAUUUGCGCCCAGAAUCUGAUCAAGUUGAUUGAGGAGCUCAGCAAGCUGAGCAUUGUACCCGUCGAGCUCAAGUGCAUCUUUGCGCUGUUGCGUCAGGGCGCAGAGUUUCCGCAGCACAAGCAGCUGCAGCAGACACUUGUGGUGAUUGCUUUGCAAAGUUUGCGCGGCAGCAACUGUUGCUCCGAGUACUUUGCCAUCGAGCAGCCAACGGAUGGCAUUUCGGUACCCGACAUACGCAACUGGGUGUCCGGCUCCUAUGGCUUCAUAUUCCACAUUCUCGUGCGCUUCAAUCAACCGUCUGCUGAGGCUGCCACGCAGAGCAACACGCGUCGCAUGCUGCUUACACUUCAAACAGCCAGCGGCGGCGGCUUCGAGGUCUUUGUGCAGGCCAAUGGCAAUGUUGUGGUCGCGGCAUUGACACGUCGCGAAUACCUCACAUCGGCCACGGCCACCAAGACACUACUCGAUGGACAAUGGCAUUAUCUGACGGUGGCCAUAACGCCGCCAAAGCGUCCGUUCUCCUACAGCCAGAUCAACAUCUUUGUGGACUUUGUGCAGAAACUCAGCGCUACCCUCAAAGUGCAGGCGGUGAACGAACCCUUCACGGUGUGCUCCAUUGGCGCUGUGGUCGCGCCGCCGCCCAAGUCGAGCGGCAAUUUGCCACGCUCCUCGUCGCAGGAGAGCGCGCCAGCAUUCAAAGGCAUGCUGCCCAGUCUGCUAGAACGCACACUAUCAGCAAAUGUAUCCAACUACUUCACGCUGCCGCUGCGCACGCAAGCCGCCUUCGAUCCGAAUGUGAAGAACUUUCCCAUUGGCAUGCAGGACACGGUGUUUGGCGAGCAGGCGUGCCUGCAAGGACAUCUCGGUGGCGUGUUGCUCGCUGAGCCAACGACCAGCCUGAAGACCAUCUUCGAUGCGGGCAUGAACUUUAGCUCCAUUUUCUCGCAGGACAACGAUCUGCUUGAGCUGAACUCCCGCUUCGUGUUCUGCUACGCACCAGGAGCCGUUUGGCAUGGCGGUUGCCAAGACUUGAUACCAGGUGGCAGGUAUCCGGGACGCAUUAGCGCCGAGCAUCGCAAGACGGUCAAGAUGCAGGACACCAUCAACAGCAUUGGUGGCAUCAAUGCCAUACUCCCAAUGCUUCAUCGGUUGGUCAAAGAGCAAGGCGAAGCGGACGUGUCAAUUGGCAGCGUAAGCGAAGAGUCGGCAACAACACCAACGGCAACAUCGUUGAAAACGCCCACGGCGGAGGAGUUCAACGACUGGGAAAUGCUCUCGUCGAACUCGUACACCGAAUGGAAGAUGAUCCAGCAUCCGUUGGCCAGUCUGUUGUGUCUGCUGCGCUAUUUGACCCACGAGAAUGACAACAAUCAACAGCAGUUGCUGAGCAGCGAAUGCUUGGCCAUCAUUGGCACCAUGCUGCAGCGUUGUCCGUCGCCGCUAUUCGAUGUGAAUGCGCUGAUGGCGACGCAUCUCCUGAUGGAGUCGCUGCAGGCACAAAAAUCCACAGCUGCCGCCGACAAUCAGCAGCAACAACUGUUGCUGGAGGCGCUCUAUGCACACAUUGUCUUUGACUUUGCCAUCUGGUCACGUCUUCAAUUCCAGAUCACACUCGGUCAUGCGCAAUAUCUGAGUGCAAUGAUUAAGAAUGAUCGCAAAUACUUUCGGCGCCGCUAUGGCAUUCAGUUUGUGUUAGAUGUGGUGCGACAAUACUACAGCACACCGGAUAACAUUUGCAGCGAUGAUGCAAAAACUAUACGCAGCACAUUGUUUGGCAUCGUACGUUUCUAUCUACAGAAGGAUGUCAACAUCAAGGAGGUGAAUGCAAUGGUCGCGUUUCUGGCUUCGGUGCGUCAGGAGCUGGUGCUGAUCGAGUUCCUCGAGAUGAUGACGUUGUAUGUGCGCGGCAAGAACUGCAAGGAUCAGAUGGUGUUGCUGCUGCACGAACCGCAGACUGCGAAUCUCGUCUACAACUUUUUCGUGGACAAAAGCUACAGCAGUGAGGUGCAAGAGGCGGCUAUCAGAUUCCUCAGCGGCUUGCUGGCUACUUCGCGUGUCCAUCAAAAGUACAAGCAAGUACUUCGUCUCUACGAUCAGAGCAGCGAGCAGAGCAUGUUUCCCGGUUUCUUCUCCUUCAUCACGCCCAUGUCACUCAGCUCGACGAUACUCUUUCAUCUGGUUGACGAAAUGCUUGGCGCACAGCCCGAUUAUGGCGGCCUCAUGUUUCUCGUUUAUCACGUGAGCAGCUGUGAUCUGCAAGUCAAGCUGGAGAUUGCGAAGCGUCUGCUGCAAACGACAUUCGUCAAGCAGCAAUCGACGCUGUACAUUGCUCGCCAGACGGGUUGGCAGGAGUCGAUUGCCCGACUCCUUAUACGCAAACAUAUCACAAGCGUGCCACCGGAUGAGGAACGACGUCGCAGCUUUGGCAUCAAUAUGGAUGUGCUGCUCGAGGAUAACUCGAGUUUCUUGGCCCAGGCUGACUUGAUUACUUUCUCGGAUCAGGAGAUUGGACUUGCGCAACUGCAGCAGCAACAGGCGCAAUCCCAGGAAGAGCACAGCGACAGUGGACUCAUACUCAAUGAGAUUCAAGCGAGCGUCUCGGAAGCUGCCACCGUCAUUGAAAGCGAGAUUAAGGAAUUGGCCGAGUCUGUGUCUGGUGCCGUUGUGGAGAAUGUGAGCAGCGUAUUUUCGGUGUUGCGUCAGACAACGCACGACAUUCAGGACACCUUUGAGUCCCUCACGCUGGGCAGCUCCACGGACACCACGGAUAGCGUGCCAUCGGCGGCGUCGCUGCAGCGUGAUGAGUCCCUGAGCUCUGACAGCUCCACGCAAUCGCCACAUGGACCAACCAAGAAGAGCGAUUCCCUCGAGAGCACCACGGCCUUUGAUUUUGUAGCCGAUGGCGAUGUGGACACCGAGGAGCAACUGGUUUAUCUCGUCUCAAAUACGUUGUUCAAUAUUUUCUGGCGCGGCAUUGGCAACGAUCAUCCGCAAUGCUGGCAGGAGCGUGGCCAGGUUCUGGGCUGCAUUAAUCUGCUGGCGUUGAACAAUGAGCUGAUUACAUCGCAUCUUUCGUUACGUCUGCGCAUCCUCGAAAUGGCUGUGCAGGCAUCGCUCUUUGACCUCUCCGAGCAUGGCAGUCAAACGCUCAUCAAUCAAGAGAACGCUUCUCACAUUCUGCGCAUGGUUUACGAGCUGGUUGUAUUGGGCUCCAACGAGGAUGAGUCCAAGAAGUGUUCCACCAAGCUGUUGGAUGGUGUGCUCGCGCUGCUCGAUGCACUCAUGAUAUUCCAGCAGGGCUCAUCGGACGAUUGGUCCGAUAUGAUACGGUUGUGUCUUGGUCUCUUACUCAAGUGCUCGCAUCAUCCCAAUCCGGGUAUUGUGGCCAUGGCCACCGCUAAAUUGCAUGCCAUACUCCAAAGUCGAUCCACUGAGGAUCCAGCCGAGCUCUCCUAUCUGCUCUACAGCAUCAAUCGUGCUCUGGACAAUGCUAUCGAGGUUGGCAAUCCAGAGGAGUAUUCGUUCCUUAUGCCUGUGAUGAAGGCAUUGUUGGAGAAAUGCAGAUCAGCAUUUAAUUUGGAUACUACUUUGCCCGAUCUACCAUCCACUUCGAGUGGACCAGUUUUCUUCAAUGAUUUUCAAAUGUACAGCACAAGCAAAAAGUGGCGCAACUUUAUGGAACGCAUGGUGAAGCCGCUUUACGAUCGUUACCAGCGCGACAUUGAGCUGCAUCUGUGGGAGCCCAUCAAUCGCUUUUGGGCUGAAUGCUAUGAGGCAUGCAAGGCGGCAUCAAAGCAACGCGCCAGCUUUCAGGCCACAAAUCGUCGGGUGUUCCAGCAGAAGAUCUAUAUGCCCUGGAAGGUGCGACAGGUGGAGGAGAUGCAACGACUGCAGACGGCGGCAAUGCAGCACAAGACUAGCGAUAAUCAUAUACGGAAGAAAUGGAAGACCGCCAAGCGUUUCUUAUACGGCCCUAGGGGUCCCUGGUAUACUGGCGAGCUAGCCGAAGAGUUCUGGAAGCUUUCGCCACACGAGAAUGUGGCACGCAUGCGCCUUAAACUAGAGCCCCAACUGUAUCCCAACAAGCACGAGAAUGCCGCCAAUCUGCGGGACAACGCCACCAAUGCCUACGACACAAAGGAAAUAUCCGAGUUUGACUCAACUAUCAAAAAUGCGGUAGUGCGCGACUUUCUCGCUGACGAUGAGAGCUCCCAGCUAGAGGAGGAGUUGCGUCAGCUGAUCGAUACACAGUCACAACAGGAUGCGGCAUUGGAGAAACUAGUCAUGUCCCAGGACUGUGAACUCAUCACUCUGAUGACCAAAGUCAAGGGACGCAUUGAGGUCAACCAAAGUGUUUUUACAUUUGUGGACCUUAGUCCAGCUUCGGACGAUGGCUCCAAGCACGAUUUUAGAUUUUCUAUCAAUAAAAUCCGAGAGGUUCAUUUGCGAAAAUAUAAUCUUAGACGCAGCGCAUUGGAGAUCUUUUUGAUAGAUCAAACCAGCUACUUUCUUAACUUUACUACCAAGACUCGAAACAAAGUGUUUACCAAAAUUGUCGGUCUUCCAUUACCAAACAUAUUGUACGGUUCGGGUCGAUCUCCGCCGGAGUUACUGCGCGCCUCAGGGUUAACACAGCGCUGGGUUAACCGUGAAAUAUCCAACUUUGAGUACUUGAUGUACCUAAAUACUAUAGCUGGUCGCUCGUAUAACGAUUUGAGCCAGUAUCCCGUCUUCCCCUGGAUCCUUGCUGACUACACCAGCGACGUGCUGGAUCUGACGGACCCUCGAUCAUUCCGCGACUUGUCCAAGCCUAUUGGAUGCAUUAAUCCCAAAAACGAAGCUGAAGUCCGCAGCAAAUACGAUUCCUUUGAGGAUCCCUCGGGUGCCAUACCAAAGUUUCACUAUGGAACUCAUUAUUCCAACUCCGCAGGAGUUCUUCAUUAUCUUCUGCGCGUCGAACCCUUCACUUCGCUGCAUGUUGAUCUGCAGAGCGGUCGUUUUGACGUGGCAGACCGACAAUUUCACUCAAUACCGCAAACGUGGAAGCUAUUGAUGGACAAUCCCAACGAUGUUAAAGAACUAAUACCCGAGUUCUUCUAUUUUCCGGAGUUUCUCAAGAAUAUGAAUAAGUUCGAUCUGGGUCAAUUGCAAAUCACCAAGGAGAAGGUCGACGAUGUCAUUUUGCCUGCGUGGGCAACCACGCCCGAAGAAUUUAUUGCCAUACAUCGGCGCGCACUGGAGUCCGAAUAUGUUAGUCAGCAUCUGCAUCACUGGAUUGACCUCAUCUUUGGCCACAAGCAGAAAGGACCCAAAGCCGUUGAGGCGCUAAAUGUGUUCUACUAUUGCUCCUAUGAGGGUGCCGUCGAUCUGGACAAAAUUACCAAUCCCAUAGAAAGGGAAGCUGUUGAAGGUAUGAUCAACAAUUUUGGCCAGGUGCCUUCACAAUUGCUGCGAGAGCCACAUCCUCGCCGUCUCACUCAGGAGGAGACAUCACUUAAGUUGGUUCGAGCGGAGCUACGACGCCCGGAUUUCACGCAGUUCCUGGACAAGGUUGUGCAGUACUACUGUGAGCUCUCCACACCUAAGGAUCCCAUUGUGUAUCUAAGUCCACCACGCAGUCCCCCACGCUCCUUCCUGCAGAUGAGCCCCGAUGUGUUGGUCAGCGUGUCUAAAGGUUGCAUUCUCGGCUGCAACUCAUGGAUGUCCUUCGACAAGGAGCAAGGUUUUCUACUGGAAAUCGAUGCCACUACAACAAACCUUAAGAAUCGCAAGCGUGUCUUCGGACCCUUCCACUCUUCACAGCCGCCGCACUCACAAAACUUUGCAGUCAGCACCGAUGGCAAGCUGCUUUAUGCCGGCGGCAUCUGGGACAAUGCGCUGCGCGUCUACAAUCUAAACAAGGGCAAAACGGUGGCGUCUGUGACGCGUCAUUUGGACAUCAUCACCUGUUUGGCGUUAGAUAAUUGCGGUUCAUAUCUGGUGACCGGCUCUAGGGAUUGCACGUCCAUUGUGUGGAGCAUUCAGGCGAAUCAACAGGGCGGUGGCCCAACUAGCAACAUUCCAGUGCACGCAUUGACGGGACAGUCGCAUAUGCAAGCGAUUACCCAACUGAAUACACAGAACAGUUACUCACCCAAACCGCUUACAGUACUCUAUGGCCAUGACGAUGCCGUCUCCAGUGUGGCCAUCUACACAGAACUGGAUCUUGUUGUAUCCGGCUCAUUGGAUGGCACUGUUAAUGUGUACACGCUGCAAGAGGGACAAUUUGUGCGCACACUCAAGCCGAUUGGCUGCACGGAGUUCUGUGUACAAAUCAGCUUCGUGACUGUUUCAUAUCAUGGUCAUAUUGCCUUCAGCGCCUUGGACGACACAUCGCAUUCGGUGCAUGUGUAUAGCAUCAACGGUGCCAGCCUGGGCUCCAAGUAUGUCUCUGGUCGGGUGACAGGACUCGCCUGUGCCUCCGACUAUCUUGUUGUGGCUGACGAUGCCGGCGACAUUACCAUGAGCCGCCUCCAUGGGUUGAAGCCCGUCUUUGACAUUCCUUUGCAUAUUCCAAUCCAGACGGUGGUGGUGACCCCAGGCAACACGCACAUCCUGGCGCCAUUGCGCGAUGGACGACUCGCGGUUGUCGCUGUCCAGCUGCCCAGUGGCAACAGCAAGAAACAUUCCGUGCUCAACGUCUGAGCGAAACAAUAGCUGCAACUGGGCAAGACUCGAUUCCGCAGCAUAUACGUUUUUAUUUAUUGAGUAUUGAGUAAUAGGAGGAGCCCCCUCCCAUUCUUUCCCCCUACCCCUCCGAUUUGUGUUAUUGCGAAUCCCAAGGAAUCACUGGCAAGACGUGCCCCAGUUCUCAGAAUUUCCAUUUGUUAGCAAAUGUCUUUUCAUUCUUAUUUAUGUAUAACGUAGUAUUUGUGCAUUUUUUCAAUAUCUUUGUCGUGAUUGUCCAAAGUCAUUUUAAUUUUAUUUGUUUCCAUUUUUUUGUAUUUUUGUCGCUUACGUGCCAAAAGAUAAAUUUAAAGAAAGUUGUGUUAGCUUCGGCCAAACCGAAUAUGCAAUACCCUUGCAAAGGAAGAACUUAUUAAAUUGAGACUAAUAUAGAAGAGAAAAGGAAAAAAUCAGCUACUUAAAAUUCCUGCCGCUUUUCAACCAUACAUCACAUAAUUUGAAAACAUAUCUAAACUUAAGAGAUUGGCAAACAAAUGCGGCAAAUGACACGCUCAAAGCGUGGUAGCAUUUGCAAGAGUAUUGACCAGAGAAGAAGGUGAGAAUGCGUUGCUUGAAAUAACCCAUUGACUAAUGUCUGAGUAUCCGCCAGAUACACUUCUAUUCACAGAAAGAUAGAAGUGGAGUGAGAGAAGAAUGAGACAGAGGAGAGAGAGAGUAUUAGUAGAUCGAAACAAUAGAUAGCAUAUCAUUUCAUUCCCUUGAAUUACCAAGUAUGAUGACACAUGCAACUUCAACAGUAUUCCCAUUAUUUCUUUCAUUCCUCUGUGUGAGUUCUGUACAUUUUUGUUGUGCUUUUAUCAGCAAUUAAUCAGCUGCCUUCAUUGGUCAUGUCCGGAGGCUAGACACUCAAUGGGGCCUCCUCUUCUUCUACAUACUAUAUACCAUAUAUUUUAUGUUGUGUGGGGCUUCGCGCGCGCCUUCCAAUUAGCUUGACAAAUAUUCGAAUAAAUCAUUUAUCAUUAGGCUUGUGCGCUGACGUUUUUUUUUUUAUAAAUUAGCACAUAUAAAUACGUGCCGUCAUUCACACAACUAGAGCGUCGAUCGCAACGGGGGACUGCGAUGGGGAGGAGAAGGCAAACUGGUUGCCUGGCUGCCUGCCUGGCAGAGUGGAUCGUCAGCUGUCCUCCCCUCCCUAAGUUGUUUCCCCCCGCUUUAUACCCAUCAUUUUGUGGGUAUAUCCAUUCCCGUGCGCACUUGCCGCUGUCUCUGGCUCUGCCUCUGUCACAUUGUUGCUGCCUCGCGUCCAUCGUCCGACGUCGGACGUUUCCGUUGCCAUUGCCUCUGGCUUGUUUCACAAGUAUCUCUGACUCAUGCGCGACUUUCAAAUUGGCCCCAAAAUCUCUGCCCGGCAACAGCAGCAAGAGCAACAACGUGAGGUAGAUCAACCCAACCCAGUCGAAUCUGUGGGUCCAGUUGAUGCCAACUGAGAAAGCUUUCGUUUGCCAAGCAGCCAAAAUGAUUGCAAAUAAAAGAAA